AUGUGUUCAUUAAGGGGAGAAAGCAGAUCGAGCAACUUACAGAUAGCCCCAGUUGGGGUGGGGUUGAAGCCAAUCAGUGAAGGGAUUCUGGGGUCAAAGGGGAAACUGGGUUACAUCCUGCAAGAUGGCCAUGAGGAGAGUUGGAUCUUUUUGAAGAAUGCCUGGUCUAAGGAGCCUGUGAUCAUGACAUCCCUCGCCAUAGGAUCCAUUGCGUUAAUCACAGCAGCGGUGAGUCCAAUGGCAGAUACACAGGCUCGUCUGAACAAGGCUGUUCCCUACAAAUAUCCAGUCCCUGUCCGGGAUGAUGGGAACAUGCCAGACAUACCUUCCCACCCUAGUGACAAGAUCGGACCAUCGCUGGAGUGGAUGAAGAAACUUUGAGAUGGAGUUUGCUCAGUUGAUGUCCUGUCUUGAAGCUGUGUAUUUAUAUUCCCUUCAAUAGAAAUUCC